CUCUUAUAUAUAAUUCAAAAUCGUAUAACAAAAGUAAUAAAAAAUUAAUCUUCCAUAAAACAAUCAAAUAUCAAAAAUGUUUAUAAAAAAAACAAUAGAAUCAAAGAUACUUAUUGUUGAAAUAUUGAUCUUCUUACAUUUUUUCCUGCAAAAUCAUUCAUUGAACUUAUGUAGUCGAGUCUUUCAACCAUAGCUGUCUCAAUUGAUAACAGAACCAACCCUUUUAAUCUCUUUUGUGACAGGGUAGGCCGCAAAUAGUUCUUUAUCAGUUUUAACUUCGAAAAACUUCGUUCAACUAUUGCAACUGAUACCGAAAUUGUCAACAAUAUGCAAUAAGCAAUUUCUUUGUUUUGAUAGCAAUCUUCUUAUUAAUAGUUAAAUUUUAAUUAGGGUUUCCUUUUAAUUAUAAUUUAAAAUAGAAAUUUACUACUAACAAUUUAAUAAUAUAUUUAACUACUAUAUUUUUUAAUAAACAGUUUAUUGAUAUUGUUAAAAGAUCCGACAAAUAUCAUUCUUAUUAAUUAUGCCCAAAGUAUUAUUUUAGCAACUUUACAAACUUUAAUUAUCUAUAAAAAAAAAAACUAAAACAUGCCCCUUGAAAUUUGCUGCCCUAAGCGGCCGCUUCACCCGCUUAUCCUAAGGCCCGGCCCUGUGUUCAUGAUAUGGGGGGAAGGAUUUAAGAAUAAUAAACCAAUGAAUGAAACAUUGAGUUUUGUGUUGAAUGAGGACAGGCUGGUUUGGUUAAGGUAGGAUCCACAAACUAGCAAACCCCACUCUCAAUGUUAUCACUGUUAUUUCAAUGUAUGUAAUGAGGAAUAUGACUUUUUUACUUAGCAAUUAAAACUCCACAGUGAUUCCGUUUUAAAUGAAUAAAAUGUUUCGGAGAAAGAAAAACAAAAAAAACAAAUCUUUCUUUUGUUAGAUUCUCUUUCUUUGAUGCUCUUUUUCUUGUUGCUCUAGUUUUGUCAAGUUGGUCUAGACAUUCAUAUACUCGUUCAAGUUCAUAUUGAAAAUUUUGAUUUUUGGUUUCAGUUUUGAAGGUCAUUUUCUACAUAUGUUAGGAUCGGUUCAGUAAUUAUUAUUUUGGGUUUGAGUAUAUUUUAUAUAUACAGAUGUCUAAGACCAGUUUUGUAUUUGAAUUCAUUUAAGGUUCAAUAAUAUUUUGAAUUCAAAUAUUUUUAGAUAUCAUAUCAAAAUAAAAAUAAAAUUAAAUAUUUAAAUAUUUCUUUAGAUUUCAAUUAUUGAUUUUGAAUAUUUCUAUAAAGUUAUUUUAAAUUUUCGCAUGUUUCAAGUUAUCAAUUCGUAAAUAAUACUUCAGAUUUAUUUUAUAUCACCGCACAAAAAAUACUCAUGUAUUUUCACAGCUUAGGAGGUGAUUGGAAUGAGCUGUAGAUUUAUGUUUUUGGCUGUAGAAUUUAAGUUGUGGAUUUAUUUGAUGUACAUUAUUUUGUUGUAGCUUUGUAAUGCACUAUCUUUUGCUCUAGAAAUAAAGCUUUCUACAGCCAUAUUUUAAUUUUGUAAAGAUUUUUUUACCGUGAUAUUUUUAAGGAAAAGAAAGCUCGAUUGGUUUGUUCUUUUUGUAACACAAACUUCAUUAACUAGAAUUUAAAUCUCCAAAGGGUACAAAACAUAGUUUUCAGAAAACAGAGCAUGUUUAGCCAACACAUCGGAUUCAAUGUUUCUGGUACGAGGAAUCCAAAUAAAGGAAAAUAAUUCGAAAGAAGCAGCGCAAUGGAAGAUAUCCGCAACUGUCCCAUAUAAUUCCGAGGGCGCCGAUUGCGACUUUAAAGCUGCUAUCAGUUGAGCAGAGUCAGACUCGAAGAUUACCUGCUGGAUUCCCAGCUCCUUACACUUCAUCAUCGCAGAUCGAAGGGCCAGGCCCUCAGCACUAAGCGGAGAUCUGACUGAUCUCGAGAAGAUUUAAAACUGAACUAGAAAACUCGAUUGGUUGACAUAUAUGAUUUUAGAUUAAAUUUUGGUUGUCUAGAGUAUCUACUGCCACAACCAAUCACCCUCUUAAAUAUCAUAUAUACAGAUUUAAGUUUUUUUUUUUGAUAAAGGAUUUAGGUAUUAUUUUUGUAUGGGAUUUCGGGUUUCAGAUUUUUUUUUCUUAGGUUAUUCGGUCUGUUGCCAAGCAUCUUCUUUUACUUUUGUACCUCCUCUAAACUUUUAUUCUUACCGCCUUUUGCUUUUUUUUCUUUUCCUCGUCUCUACUCUCCUUCUCAUUGGAGUGGAAUUUAGCUUCCUUCCUUUCCCCUUCUCCUUCUUCUCUUCCACUCUUCCUGCUCUCUGUUUUUCAGUUAUCUUCUUCUCUCCCCUUGAUCUCGCAUUCUCUCUCGAUUCCGUAAAGUCCAACUCCUUUUCCUUCUCUGAUCUCUGCGAUUACGUCUCUCCACUCUUUUCCCGGGAAAAAAAAUCGCAUCUUUUCCCGGAAAGUUCUCACCUUUCCGUUAUUUCAGUCUCUGGGUUUCUUCACACGACAGACAUUACCUUGUUUGUAAUUGUCCGAAAAGCAUCAAACUUUGAUGGGUCUCUGUCAUGGAAAACCAAACGAACACCAAUCGAAACAGAGCCUCUCAAUCACCACCAACGAGGAGGAGGAGGAAGCACCUAAGACUCCUCUCAAUCUGUUUAGUCCAUUUAGUCCAUUCCCUAGCCUCUUCAAAACCUCCUCACCUGCUGUAUCCUCCUCUAGCGUGAGCUCCACGCCACUACGCAUCUUCAAGCGACCUUUCCCACCUUCUUCACCCGCCAAGCACAUACGCGCCUUCCUCGCGCGUCGUCACGGCUCCUCCGCUAAGCCUGACCGAGCUUCGAUCCCUGAAGGGAGUGAGUGUGAGGUUGGCCUUGAUAAGGCUUUUGGAUUCUCUAAGCAGUUUGGUGCGUACUAUGAGAUUGAUGGUGAGGUGGGUCGUGGUCAUUUUGGGUUUACUUGCUCUGCUAAAGGGAAGAAAGGUAGCUCGAAAGGUCAUGAUGUUGCUGUCAAAGUUAUUCCCAAAUCAAAGAUGACUACGGCAAUUGCAAUUGAGGAUGUUAGAAGAGAAGUGAAGAUACUGAAGGCUUUGACUGGUCACAAGAACCUAGUCCAGUUCUAUGAUGCCUUUGAAGAUGAUGAGAAUGUUUACAUUGUCAUGGAGUUAUUGAAAGGAGGUGAACUCUUAGACAAAAUACUUCAAAGGGGAGGCAAAUACUCAGAAGAUGAUGCUAAAAAAGUAAUGGUUCAGAUUCUUAGUGUAGUAGCAUACUGUCAUCUUCAAGGUGUGGUUCACCGUGACCUCAAACCUGAGAAUUUUCUCUUUUGUACAAAGGACGAGACUUCUCCUCUGAAAGCCAUUGAUUUUGGUCUCUCCGACUAUGUCAGACCUGAUGAGAGGUUGAAUGACAUUGUAGGAAGUGCUUACUACGUGGCCCCUGAAGUGUUACACCGUACAUAUGGAACUGAAGCAGAUAUGUGGAGCAUUGGAGUGAUUGCUUAUAUACUUCUCUGUGGUAGCAGACCCUUUUGGGCCCGUUCUGAAUCUGGAAUCUUCAGAGCUGUUCUUAAAACAGAACCCAAUUUCGAAGAAGCUCCCUGGCCAUCUCUUUCACCUGAGGCAUUAGAUUUCGUGAAACUUUUGCUGAACAAAGAUUACCGUAAGAGACUAACUGCUUCACAGGCUUUAUGCCAUCCGUGGCUGGCCGGUUCACAUGAACUAAAGAUACCAUCUGAUAUGAUCAUUUUCAAGCUGGUAAAAGUAUACAUUAUGUCAUCUUCUUUAAGGAAAACGGCUUUAUCGGCUCUUGCCAAAACAUUAACUGUACCGCAGCUGAGUUAUCUGCGUGAGCAAUUUAAUCUCUUGGGACCAAGCAAAAACGGAUAUAUCUCAAUGCAGAACUACAAAACAGCGAUCAUGAAGAGUUCGACAGAGGCUACAAAGGAUUCAAGAAUCUUGGAUUUUGUAGACAUGAUUAGUUGUCUUCAGUACAAGAGACUAGACUUUGAAGAGUUUUGCGCUUCGGCUAUAAGUGUUUAUCAGCUAGAAGCAAUGGGAACUUGGGAGCAACACGCACGUCGUGCUUAUGAGUUGUUUGAGAAGGAUGGAAACAGAGUUAUCAUGAUCGAGGAGCUUGCAUCGGAGCUCGGUCUUGGACCAUCAGUACCAGUUCAUGUUGUGCUUCAGGAUUGGAUAAGACAUUCUGAUGGCAAGCUAAGUUUCUUGGGUUUUGUCAGACUCUUACACGGUGUGUCCUCUCGGAGAUUGCAGAAAGCGUAGAGAAGCUUUCUUACCUUCACUCACGCAUCUACUUCUCCUUAGCCUGCCUCUAGGAGAUGAACCUCACACCAAGUCUAAAUAUUAGACCUGAUAGGUAACUCGAGAGGAACUUAACCGCUGCAGAGCUACCACAUUUGUCAGAUAAAGUUGCAGUCUAGGAGAUUAUAUGGGUUCUUUUUGCUCUGUUUCAUGGUAGUCUUUUUUUUUUCUCUUUGUUUUGGUGAAAGAUAAGAGUCUUUAUUGUUCAAGAAUGGUGCUAACGAGAUUAAAAGGGGUUGUACAGAAGAAGAAACAUACCCACUUCCCCAUUGAAGUGGUCUCUUUCUUCUUUCUUGUUCCUUUGUAAUAAGAACACAUACCUCAGUUCUUACCUUGACAAAAGUAUCAAUUUAUAUUUGAUGCUCAUCAAUGAGCAAGAUAUCUUGGUUUA